UUUUUUUUCUUUUUUCUUUUUUCUUUUUUGAAGAAAAGUCUCCACUCUUGAUGCCCAAAUAAUUUUUAUUUUCAUCCGGUGUGAAUUUGGAUGGUGAAGCUAUUAAAUUUUGAGCCAACUUUAAUUAAACAGAGUAGGUAUAUAUAUCCCAAAACCCAAAACCUUCCCAAGCCGGAGGAGCCCUAAACCCUAACACAGGGAGGAGAUGAAUCACAUAGCGGCAGCAGAAGAGCAAAUUGUUACGGAGAGAUUGAGGCGAAAGCUGAACGAAGUGAACACAGCUGCUCAAACCCAACUCUCUGGCGUCCAAGACCACGUCAAUUUCACUCUUCAGCAAGCUUACUUCAAGUGCGCAUACGAGUGCUUUGAUAGGAGGCUGCGGCAAGAAGAGAUAGGCAGUUGCGUCGAGAAUUGCAGUGUCCCAGUUGUUAAUGCUCAGAAUGUGGUUGAGAGCGAGAUGUCAAAAUUUCAAGAGAGGUUGAACAGGUCACUAAUGGUCUGCCAAGAUAAGUUCGAGUCGGCUAAGCUCCAACAGUCCAAAACUGAUGCUAUGAGUAAUUUGGAGUCAUGCGUCGACCAGGCGAUCGACGACAACGUCAAAGCGCUGCCACAUAUAGUUGGUAGAUUGAAGGCUACCUUAUCCAUCAAUGAAUAGAAAGCCAAAAAGGUGUAAUUUGACAGUAUGGUUUGACCUCUUCCGGAGUCGUAGAGAAUAUUGGUCAAUGCUCCAUACACUGAUCUACAGCAACUUUGGAUGGCUGCGUGCAUGAGCUGUGUGCUCACAUACGUAUUUUUGUUUUUAUGGACUGGAAAUUUUGAUCUUCAUUGGCAUUAUUUUUUAAUAAUCGGAGAACCUGCCUGUAGUUGAGAAAAUUGCGAACAAGGUUGUGAAAGAGUUGAUAAUUUCAUGUUUA